UGUGUUCAGUUGAAGGAGCUGGUGUCCAGUCUGUACAGUGACUCAGCAGUUCGUGUGGUUAUCUUCAGGAGUUUGGUACCUGGAGUUUUCUGUGCAGGUGCGGACCUGAAAGAGAGAGCUCAAAUGAACAACGCAGAGUCGGAUCUGUUCGUUCACAGCCUACGCUCCCUCAUGACUCAAAUAG